AUGCAGGGCAUGGAAGGCAAGAGCAGCGCAGCUCUGCUGGUGGGCUUUGUCUUUGGCACCCUGGCUUUCUACCACCUCAGUGUCGAUUCAGACAAUAAGGACUUCUCCUUCUCCAACCUGAUUCCAUACCCCCAAUGGAAGAAGCAGGAGAUCCACUUGUCCAAGACGCAGAAGAACCAGAGGGAUCAACAGGUAUCUGCUGACUUGUGUGCAGCUGAUGUUCCCCCAAAAAAGCCCAAGGGUGAACGACAACACCUCCUAUUUGCUGAAAAGCAGCAGAAAAGAAACGCUGGAACAAAACGGAAGAGGGGGAAGGAAUGCGCUGCUUCUCAGGCUGCUGAAUCCCAGUUGUUUAAUACACAAUGGAGAAUCCACACAGCGGAGAAGCCUUAUAAGUGCUUGAAGCAUGGAAGCAGCUUUGCUUGGAAGGGAGAUCUUUCUGGCCGCCAGCGUAUCCACACUAGGGAGAAACAUUAUGAAUGCGUGGAGUGUGGAAAGGCCUUUGCUUCGAGUUCAGAGAUUAUUGUCCAUCAACGUAUCCAUACUGCGAAGAAACCUUAUAAAUGCUUGGAGUGUGGAAAGGCCUUUGCUUCGAGAUCAGAUCUUACUGUCCAUCACUGUAUCCACACUGGAGAGAAACCUUAUAAAUGCUUGCAGUGUGGAAAGAGCUUUGCUCGGCGUUCAAGCCUUACCACCCACCACCGUAUCCACACUGGGGAGGAACCUUAUAAAUGCCUGCAGUGUGGAAAGAGAUUUGCUCGGAAUUCACACCUUACUGACCAUGAGCGUAUCCACACUGGGGAGAAACCUUAUAAAUGCUUGCAGUGUGGAAAGGGCUUUGCUUCAAGUUCAAAUCUUACUGUCCAUCAGCGUUUCCAUACUGGGGAGAAAUCUUAUAAAUGCUUGCAUUGUGGAAAGGCCUUUGAUUUGAGUUCAGAUCUUACUGUCCAUCACUGUAUCUACACUGGGGAGAAACCUUAUAAAUGCUUGCAGUGUGGAAAGAGCUUUGCUCGGCGUUCAAACCUUACCACCCACCAGCGUAACCACACUGGGGAGAAACCUUAUAAAUGCUUGCAGUGUGGAAAGAGCUUUGCUCGGCGUUCAAGCCUUACCACCCACCAGCGUAUCCACACUGGGGAGAAACCUUAUAAAUGCUUGCAUUGUGGAAAGAGCUUUACUUGGAAUUCACAGCUUACUGACCAUGAGCGUAUCCACACUGGGGAGGAACCUUAUAAAUGCCUGCAGUGUGGAAAGAGCUUUGCUCGGAAUUCACACCUUACUGACCAUGAGCGUAUCCACACUGGGGAGGAACCUUAUAAAUGCUUACAGUGUGGAAAGGGCUUUGCUUCGAGUUCAAAUCUUACUGUCCAUCAGCGCAUCCACACUGGGGAGAAACCUUAUAAAUGCUUGCAGUGUGGGAAGGGCUUUGCUUCGAGUUCAAAUCUUACUGUCCAUCAGCGUUUCCAUACUGGGGAGAAACCUUAUAAAUGCUUGCAUUGUGGAAAGGCCUUUGCUUUGAGUUCAGAUCUUACUGUCCAUCACCGUAUCCACACUGGGGAGAAACCUUAUAAAUGCUUGGAGUGUGGAAAGGCCUUUGCUUCGAGUUCAGAUCUUACUGUCCAUCACUGUAUCCACACUGGGGAGAAACCUUAUAAAUGCUUGCAGUGUGGAAAGAGCUUUGCUCGGCGUUCAAGCCUUACCACCCACCAGCGUAUCCACACUGGGGAGAAACCUUAUAAAUGCUUGCAUUGUGGAAAGAGCUUUACUUGGAAUUCACAGCUUACUGACCAUGAGCGUAUCCACACUGGGGAGGAACCUUAUAAAUGCCUGCAGUGUGGAAAGAGCUUUUCUCGGAAUUCACACCUUACUGACCAUGAGUGUAUCCACACUGGGGAGGAACCUUAUAAAUGCUUGCAGUGUGGAAAGGGCUUUGCUCAGCGUUCACAACUUACUGUCCACCAGCACAUCCACAAUGGGGAGGCACCUUAUAAAUGCUUGCAGUGUGGAAAGGGCUUUGCUUUGGGUUCAGAGCUUACUAUCCAUCAACGUAUCCACACUGGGGAGAAACCUUAUAAAUUCUUGCAGUGUGGAAGGAGCUUUGCUCAGAGUUCCCAACUUACUGCUCAUUGA